GUUUUUAAUGAUUUACUCCAGCUGCAGCUGACAAGAACCCACACAUCGGAAUCUGUGGUAGCUAUUUGUGCUCAAGAUGAUCCUUCCCUCGUAUUUUUUGAUAAUUAUGGCAGGCAUUCAUGGAGGUAAGCGGACAAAUGAUUAUUAUCUGAACCUCUAUCUCGCUUAAUUUUUGCUCUUCGGAUGGGGCUUAGGACUGCUCUCUCGUGGCUUAAUGUUCACGCAAUUGACCUGACUGUAAAAAAUAUUCUUCCUUCGUUUUAGGACAGGACACAGGAAUGUAAAUGAGUGAAAUGUUCUUUGCGUACCUUGUACAAAAAUUUCUGCAGUUCCUGUUUACGCACUAUUUUUUGUUUCUUUCGAUUAUUUCUCGCCUCUUCGGACUUAAGUUACGUUUAGAAUCGCGCGAUUCAAGCAGUUCGUACAACCACCCAUUACAAAAAGAACAGAUCCAGUGCUUAUUAUUAUGGACUGAUAAACAUCAGGUUUUAGUCCGCUUCAAGAGAAUGCCGGAAAGCCGAGCUUUGGGGGUCCGUCAAGGCCGAAAGGUCUUCACAAACGGUGUAUUUCGAGUUCAUUCGGGACCGCCAAAAUAAAUGCACGCUAUUGUUGUUGUUCGCGAGUGAAAGCAUGAUGAUUGAUUACUUGGGCUUCUUUUCGAGCAUGAGGAACGGAUAUGAAACGCUCAAGUAGAAGCCUUUCGACAGGUAAACGAAGUUUGGUUAGUUCCACAGUGAAAGUAGUUCCACUGCUGGACGGAUUAUAGCUGAGCUGAUAUGGCGGCAUAAUUUUCAGCGUAAUACUAACUCAGCUGGAACAAAAUGUGCAUGCAUGCCGAGCCCCCAACUUGACUCAACCUGUACACUACAGGUAAAAACAUACCGGUCAUACAUAUUACUUGGGUCUUUUAGGAUCGUCUGAGAUAUUCAGUUCCUACAUAGCUAUGAGUAGAGGAGACUGGUUAGGAAAAAAAUAUAUAAUAAGAGAUAACAGCAACACACGCAACAACAGUAUUGCAGUUUAUGUUGGAAUCUCCGUGACGGUGCACAAUCCUUUGUUUUAAUUUCGUUCUCAAGGUGUGUCGAAAUAAAUUAAUGCGAAGUUUUUGUUGGUUUGUAAGAUCAAAAUGAUAGGAAUAUUCUCGCUUUUAUCAACUUUGGUUGUUUUACUGACGUGAAAAUUAGCAUAAUGGUACAGCACUAGUAUUGGGCAUUAGUAUUAUGGCAAUUGGUUCACGAAUUGGACUGAAUAAACGAAUUGACGUGUCUGUGGAUCAGUUAGUUCAAGAUCUAAAUCAAUUGAGUUCACGUUCGUUUAUUUACACUUAUGCAAUAGCAGUGAAAAAAAAGCCAGAUUUAUACAACUGCGUGUAGAGGCCAAAGGAGCAAAGUUUUCGCGUUCACAAGCUCAGGAACCAAACGUUAGUGGCCAGAGGGGGUUGCAUGCUUAACGCAAGGAGUUCUACUUUUUCAACGUGGCGCAUCACUAAGUCAAAAAAGGCGUCAGCAACAUAAAACAAAGAAAUCUGUCGCGCUUCAUACUUCAUUGAACUGAACUGCUUACUCCUGCUGGGCAGAGCAUAUUGUUGAGCAAUAGUUAAGAAAAACAACAUUUUUGGGAAUAGAAAUAGAACAGGGUCAGGAUUUGCAGAACCGGGCGGCUGCCAAGGAUCCCAGUAUUCAUUCUGACAAGUCGCUUUAAGUCUGUCAUGUUGAAGAGACAACAUCGUGAAAAUUAAAGUCUUGUGUGAGUAGUUUUCUCUUAUCUGGUUUACUGUUGGGGCAAUACAUUCAACAACCUGACAAUGUAGUUUCGCAUGACAAUGGAUAGAAACACGUGUUAAAAAUUCCACCUUCUACGCGGAAGCCUGUUUCCCAUGCAAGCGAGCCACUGAAGCGUUCGACGAAUGCAAAGCAGGACGUAAGGAAAGGUCUGAGAGGGCGUCAACCCGUGAUGAUGCGAAGCCGUCUGACAACUUCUUAGAGGAGAUGGCACCCAAUAUUGCUCCCAAACGUUUCGUGGGCGUAUAGGCCAUUAUUUUCUCAAAAUCUCGGUGUUUUUGCAAUAAGAUAAAUAUGUUCGCUAAAACGAGAUUUCGUUAUAAACAGGUUCCGAUUUCCACGAUUUUACUUUAGAAGGGGCCAAGGAUAUCAUUCGUUAUAAGGAGGACUUCGUUAUACACAGUAUGACAGCUCGUUAAAUAGCGGUUCUACUUUAUAUAUUGCAUUAUAUAUUUUUCAUUAAGAAUUUUAGUUUCCUGUCCUGAACACCGAAGUGAAACCAUUCUUUUUUUUCCACAUGAUAGAAAGAUAGAUACAGUGGAACCUCUCCUUUGGGACACCUCUGUUCAGGGGACAUCUCCAUUCAGGGGAGACAAAAUUUGGUCCCGGAAAAAUGUUCACAUAAUCUUUGAAUUUGUUAACUCUGUUGUAGGGACACCUCCAUUCCGGGGAAAGGGACACUUUUUCUGGGUCCCGAAACCUGGGCUUAACGUCCAUUCAAGGGACAGCUUAGCCCUCAAAAGAGACUGACCACAAAAAAUCGUUGAUAAGUUUAAGUGUUCACAAGUCACAAUAGCGGCGGUUUCCAAAACAUGAACUCACUAACUUGAAUAGAUGUACUACACUUAUGGGAAUUCAGCACACAACAUCGCGGAGAUAAGUUAAUCAUGAUUUUUUAUACAUUACCGCUGACAGUCGAACCCCUCUUUACGGACAACAGCUUAAACACCUCGUUAUCACGGACAGUUUUCCCAAUAAGGGCGAAACAACUGUCCAUGGCUGCCACUGCCGGGGUGAUAUGGGUUUUGCGCAUGCGUAAGGUACUGGCCGCGAAGUUGGUACGUGUGCUUCAGUGCUUAAAUCUGUCCCUGGGGAAAGCAAGCCGUCACAUUUUCUCUACAUUCAACCCCUUAAUACGAAUACCCCGUUAACACGGACACUUUCUAUGGCCCCCUCAGUGCCCGUAUUAACGAGGUGUCCGUAUUAAGCACGGAGUUCGAAUGUAAUCUUCGAUAAACGCCGCUUUCUUCUGAUCGGGUGAGGCGUUCGUUCGAGCGCGGCGUUGAUUGAUAAUUGUGUUUCCAACUGCGGCGUUUAAUCGAGUAAAUACCGAGCUGUGCCUUUACAAAUUUUUAAUUUUCAUUCUUUUUCAGCCUGGGGCAUAAAAUGCCGCCAGUGUAACCCAGACUUAAACAACAUCGCAAAUGUUAAUGCCAACUCGGGAUCCUUGACCUUUUGCUCCAAACCCACUGAAAGCAUAGAUUGCAGCAGAGAUCCAAAUAUAGGAAGCUUGGCCGAUUCCUGUUACACCGCAGAUGUCACGAUAUCCGUAAACACAACGGUCCCAGGCGUCCCCCUUACGGAUAUCCAGGUGUUUGUCCUCAACUGUUCCGUGAUGUCUUUAUGCAGCUUUCUAAAGGAUCAAACCUGCCGGGGGUUGGAGACCGCGUUUGAAGGUAUUCCUCAAAUCCAAAUGAAAAACUGUGAUGUCAAAUGUUGCCAGGGGGAUCUGUGCAAUGAUCCCUCCAAUCCCCCAUCGGACAAGUCGUCGGUGAAGAUGCCACAAACAACCACACUAUGCGGAUUGUUGGUGUUGAUCGCUUUGACUUUUAUGAACUUUUAA